ACGCCAAGCAAAAUAAUAUACAGCCUAGCGAACUAGAGUUUAUGGAAGUGAAAGAGAUGAGCCUUGUUGUUGAAUGCCCGAGAGAGUAUGUUCACUACAACUUCCUAGUGAAAAGAGGCUUCUCGGAUGGUGAACCCACUAUGUUCUUUGCUGAGGUGAAACCUAAUUGCAAGGGAGAGGGGGAUGUUUAUCACUGCACCCCUUUGGAAGAGACUGACUCUGGUCAUUGUUUUGCUUGCAAUCAUGGAGCGAAGGACCUUAUGCAUCCCAAUGCUGGUGGCUACUUGGGCGGGCACAAGGAGAAUGGUUCCUUCCACAUGGAGUUGGUCCUGGAUAGUGAUGAUGAUGUUUGUUAUCUUUAACGGCUAGAAACUUGCAAAGCAAGAUCCUGGGGAAUUCGGUUUCUGGAUUGCAUCAUGGGCUCCUAGAGGAAACAGCGUUU